GUCAGUACCACACCUCGACCUCGUCCGCGUCUUGGACGAACGCUACAGUUCCUUGCAGUUACCUGUACAUGCCACAAACUCACUUAUAACCCAAACUGCGCACUCGUAACGAUCUGUCAUGUCAUCCUCUCCGAAACCGUCAUCGCCGCCUCCGGCGUACACCGAAGUAGAUCCCGCGCAACUCCCCGAAUCUUCGUCUGCUACCCCACAGUCGCCAGCGGGGUUUUCGACACACCAGGGCUACGGGCCGACGUCGAUAACGUCGCAACAGCAGACAAUUUUACCGUACUACGAUCCUCGUUCACCGCACGCCAUCGCAGAAGCGACAUCACGCGCGCGUUGGAGGUUCAUCGGAGCUUUUGCAUGGGCGGUGAUCAUCCUCGCCUUCACCAGCUUUUUGCUAGGUAUCGAAGUCGAUAUUCAGAGGCAACCGUGGAGAGGAAAUAGGAUCAGGAUUGGGUUUGGCAAAGGGAACACCGACCCUUGGAGCGAGCAGUAGAUCUUGCUUGGCGUAAGUUUUGCGAUCCUGAAAGGAAUGUGCGCUGAGCUGGCUGCAGACACGGGCUCUAGCCACUUGCAAACGUAUACCUAACGGAGCAAUGUCGCGAUACCUAUAUCCUUCCACCGCAGAUGCGCACGGCAGACAUAGAGAUAGGACGGAAGGAAUCGUCGCUGAUCCAUGGCCCGUUCGCCCACUGCAUGCCUUUUACACGCGAUUCAUUAUCUUACGACUCGUCUAUUGACAAAUUGGUUGCUCCAGGAGUUAAUUCGCAUGUAUACUCUAGCGUAGUCCUCUGUAUCGCAUGGACUAGAGAGAUGGCCGUUGCGAGUACUCUAAAUUAAUUCGCUCCGAUGUCUCGGGGAGUACGAGGCCAAGAGACUCGUCAGCAUGGGGACGAAACACAAGCACAGGAAAAUAAAUGCGGUCUGUCAACGGCU